AUACAGGAGUCGAAUAGAUAGUGAAAGUCCCCCAGAGCUAACAGGAGUGUAGAGGGCAAGAGGGGGGUAGGAACGGGGGACCCCAGUAAGGUAUAUGAGGGCCUCAGUUCGAGCAACCGCUGGUACUCUAGCCUCGCUGCCUACUUACAUUCACACACACUAACACACCAACCACCUGGAACACAAUGCGCACCGUCGCGACGGUACUGUUAUUGGUAGCUGCCAUACUCUGCGUAUCGGGCCAGCAAUACCAGCAACCGGGCGCCAACUACGUGGACGAGUAUUCGGCGUACGAGUCCCCGAGACCGGCCCAUCCGACCCCCCGAAGUUACCCCGUCGACUCCGCGCCCAACAGGCAAUCGGCCGGCCCCGCCACCCCGAAGCCAACCCCCGUCGCCAUCUUGAAACAGAUCAACAGGCACAACGAGGACGGGUCGUACACGUACGGGUUCGAGGGAGCGGACGGCUCGUUCAAGAUCGAGACGAAGCUACCUACGGGCGAGGUGAAGGGUAAAUACGGUUUCGUGGACGACACGGGGAAAGUGCGGGUGGUCGAGUACGGGGCGAACCAGUACGGUUUCCAACCGGCCGGCGAGGGUAUCACGGUCGCGCCACCGACCCUGGUCGACGAGACGACCAGCAAAGAGCCACUCCAACCGCACAACUAUCAGGAGGAGCAGUACCAGCAACCACCGCCCCCUAGGCAACCGCCCGUCAGAGCGCCAGCGCCCCGCCCCGCGCCCCUUCAGCAACAACAGAUUCAGUACGAGCAACCGGCCUACCAACACCCGACCCAGACCCACACCCAGGCCGUCUACUCGCCGCCAUUGCCGCCCAGACAGUCGAGUCCAGGCGUCCCGAAACCGCCGAUCUUCACCCCCGCGCCCCAGUCCCCCAUCGCCAAGCAGAACCCGCUGCUUCAACAGGAGGAACCGGCCCCGCCGUCCCAACUCUACAACCAAGGACCGGCACAAUUCGGCCCGGCGCCCGUCCAUGAGCACCGUUCCCAACCGCAACCGCGCAGCCAGAGCGGAGGCAUCCUCGACCAGUUGGCCAGGGAUUACGCCCUUCCGCAAGGCGUCGCGCCACCCCUGCACGAUAUCAGUUUCGGUUAUUACUAGAGAAUCACGAGUCCCUCCCUCGUGUUCGUCACGAUACGUACUCGUAUUGGUGUAAACGCGUGAACACGAGGGGAGGGGAAACGGUUUCUGAUCGUUUUAACAUCGGUGUCGGAUCGCAAAGCGUGGCCCAUCGAUCGACGCCACCAUGAUUACACAUCGUAGAUCAUUACCGGGGGGGAAGCAUCGAGAACUCGAGGAUUGAUUCCACUUUUUUCCGUUCGAUUCUUUUUUUUUUUUUUUUUUUUUUGGAAUAUGGAAGAGCGAGGAAUACAAUGGUUCUCGACUUUUUCCUCGGUAAUAAGUUAUUCGUCAUGGCUGCCUACCGGAGUCGUGCUUUCGAUUUCUCUGACGAUGAGUUCAUUCUUGCCAUUGGAAUUAAUUGCGAUGAGCAGUUGUUUGCUCGAUGAAACGUGGCGUGGAAAUGUAAAGAAUAUUUGACGAGGUUUAUAGAAAUUAUAUCAAAAUAUUUAUUUUCAGAUUAUUUUCGAUUCCAAUUCUGAUUCUUUCGUUUCCAUCUCGCGUGAAAAUCGUUGAUGAGGAUGGAGAAGGAAGAUUGUAAAAAUGUUGUAAAUAAAAAAUUACACGGUAGGCUUCCGUGCUGGUUUUUAAUCGUACAGAGAGCGCGGCUUGCACCCGGUUAAUCGGCGGUUAAUUAAUUUCGAUUUCAAGGAGAACCUCGCUGCUUUCUCGUGCAAGCUUCGUCUUCGUACGCGUCUCGCGGGACCGCACAGUAAAUUCAGCACGCUUACUAUAUUCUAAUUAAAGAUAAGGUUAUAAGGUGAAUCGGAUUGGAAUAAAUUGUCCAGAUCUUCCAUUAUUCUCUGUGUGUACGAUAUAAUAACUCUGAUAUUACGUUAUUCUAUCAAAAAGAAAAAUGAUUCGAAAUUAAUAUUUCUCACUCUCUCUCGUUAUAUAU